GUCCUAAGUACAGUACAACCCACCUUCCUUUGUGAAAGAUUGUGUUGAGUGUGCUUGUAUAACGAUACAUUGGUCAAAAAUGUGAUCAAAAGAUGCAAACUCACCCGGACGGAAUUUGAUAUCGUCUAUCUGCAUUUAACUCCAUACCCUGAAGAAAAGAUGACGUAGCCUUACUCGACGACAACCAACGACUCAAAAAUCUUCUGUAGCAUAUUAUUUCAUGAAAGAAAAAAAGAUGUGGACCUCUUUGUUGCCGAGUUCGUCCAAAAUUACCUGUCAUCACUGACCUCCAGUGUUAGGUGCCGUGUUUGUAAUCGACUAAGAUAAUGAAAUGGCAGAGUAUCUUUCUUCUAAUGUGCGUAAUAACUUCAGCCAUUCUGAUGACCUAUAUGACAAGACUCUAUGAUCAUCCCCACUAUGCUAAGAUCGUUAGACCAAGACCGACUGUUGGACCUCCUAUCCGCAGGUCAUGGCCACCUGCCGAUUGGUGGCGCCCUAGUUCGUCCAAACUCAGAGGUUCGACUUCCAAGCGGAAAAACCUUGGAAAAGAAAAGAUCCCUGAUACUACACCUUCAUCCGUACCAGAAAAUGUCACUGGUGACGUCAUUCCACCCAUUGCAUUCGAUGCUAACACCUCAUAUACGAUAAGCCAUGAUAUUGAGGACAAGACCGAAGACCCAACGUCCUGUACUCACCAGGACAACGUUGUCUUCAUCAAGACACACAAGACCGGAAGCACCAGUCUAAGCCACAUUGUCAACCGCUACGGCUUCACCCACAACCUGUCGUUUGUCUUCAACCGCCUUAGUCCCACUAACGGACACUUGGUUUAUCUGCCCUUAAAUGCCAACUCUCCCAGGACCCACUUUCUCCCUCCGAUAGGCGUCAGACCAGGUGACUUCUCCAAGUACAAGUACAACAUGCUUGCCGUUCAUGUGCGUUAUAACCGUAAGGCAAUGGAUACCUUCAUGAAACCAAACACUCAUUACAUAACUAUUAUCCGGGAUCCUGGUACCCAGUUUGAAUCAGCUUUCACCCAUUUCCAGUUAGAUGACUCUUUCCUUAUGCAAGAGAAAAUGCAGUACACCACAAUGAAGGCAAGACUGACGCAGUUCUUUGCAAAGCCAGACUUUUACCGGAAGCGUCUCAAGUCCAUGAAAUGGGAAGGGAAAAUGGGCUUGAGAUGGUAUUAUGCCAAGAACAACCAAGCAUUCGAUCUAGGUUUGGAUCAUGUGUAUCACAAUGAUAAAACCAAGGUGGAAGAAUAUAUCAAGAAAUUGGAUCGCGAGUUCAGGUUAGUUUUGAUAACGGAAUAUUUCGAGGAAUCUCUGGUGGUCAUGAGGAGAUUGCUCUGCUGGAGUCUGGAGGAAACACUGUACGUUGCCAAGAAUGUUCGUCCAAACCCAGCUAAUAUACCAGAGUCCCUACGAAAUAAGAUGAGACAGUGGAACAACGUAGACACCCAGUUGUAUGAACACUUUAAUCGUACACUAUGGGAAAAGAUAUCAAGGUAUGGUCCCGACUUCCAAACUGAUCUUUCGGAAUUUCGCAGACGUUUGAAGGAGACAUUCGAGUCGUGUGUUGGUGGGACAGAAGUAAAGGCUCAAGGUCAUUACUUCCACUGGAUCGAGUACAAACCACGCAAGGAUUCCAAUAAGCUUUGUGCGCAGAUUGCAGAAUCGAAGAACGCCCUCUUCUCUGCAAUUUGGCGAAGGCAACAGAUCCCUGUAGCCCGAUCACCUCCAAAACCUCGGUCGCGUAAUAUGGGGCUUCCGUUCGAAACACAGCAACUUCGACGUUACCCAUCCGCCAAGUACAUCCUUAGUCGCCAUAAACCACCCAAACAGAUCAAACCCCCUCCGAAAGCAGCCGCAGCCAAAGGAGUGAGCAAAGGUGCAGGACCCCCGCCGCCGAAGGCGGUACCUGCUUCAAAACCUCUUCCUCCUCAACCCGCACAGAAAAUUAUUAGGCACGUUAUCCUUGCCAAUAAAACAUCGAAUUCACAGCCAGGAGUAGAUGAGAUGAACGAUGACGAUUCCAGUAGUGUCUUAGUUGUCCACGAAACUGCCAAGAUGUUAAGCGACAAGCUGAAGUCUGAGAGGCUAAUAAAUGUAACAGCGGAGGGUACUCGAGUGAAACCAGUUCUGACGUACAAGAAAAAUAGAUGAUCUUCACUUCGCACACUUGGCUGAAAUAAGGGGAGCGUUUCAUCAAUAUUUUAGUCAGACAAGACAAUUUCCUUUAUUUUGAUUGGCCCAGGGGAACAGUUUCUGUAAAUGUUGAAUAAUGCAGGACUUGUCUGACAAGUCAGACAAGUCCUUUUACGAAACACUCACAAGGGCUCCGUCACACACUUAAAAAUAGAAUUAAUCCUCUAAUGCCAAUGACCAAUCAAUAUCAUCAAUGCACGCAUACUUUGUUGAAAUGGUCAUUUAGUCCAUAUACUAUUUGGUCUAAGUGUUAUUGUGCAAAAUGAAUGAAAAUGAAAUGGAUAUUAG